AUGGAGACUUUACUGCCAGAAAAGGAAGAGUUAUUCGACUUCAAAUUGAAAGACGCACACAGUUCUCUAGACGAAUUGGAUAUAGAUGAUUUGUAUGUACGCUAUAAGAAAUUACAAAAAACUUUGGAGUUUUUGGAAGUUCAGGAGGAGUAUAUAAAAGAUGAACAGCGCAAUCUAAAGAAAGAAUAUUUACAUGCCCAGGAAGAGGUUAAACGCAUUCAAUCUGUACCUUUGGUAAUUGGUCAGUUUUUGGAAGCUGUUGACCAAAAUACUGGUAUUGUUGGAUCCACAACUGGUUCAAAUUAUUAUGUUCGCAUUCUUUCUACCAUUGACCGUGAAUUGCUGAAGCCCUCAGCAUCAGUUGCCCUUCACAAGCACAGUAACGCCUUGGUCGAUGUCUUGCCACCAGAAGCUGACAGCUCAAUUUCUAUGUUACAACCCGAUGAAAAACCUGAUGUUAGUUACGCUGAUAUUGGUGGUAUGGAUAUGCAAAAACAGGAAAUUCGCGAAGCAGUAGAACUCCCAUUAACACACUUUGAAUUAUACAAACAAAUUGGUAUCGAUCCUCCUCGUGGUGUUCUUAUGUAUGGACCUCCUGGAUGUGGCAAGACAAUGUUAGCAAAGGCAGUUGCCCACCAUACUACUGCAUCAUUUAUUCGAGUUGUCGGAUCAGAAUUUGUGCAGAAAUACCUUGGCGAAGGACCUCGUAUGGUCCGCGAUGUUUUCCGUCUCGCUAAAGAAAACGCUCCAGCUAUAAUAUUUAUUGACGAAAUCGAUGCCAUAGCCACAAAACGUUUUGACGCUCAGACUGGUGCUGAUCGUGAAGUACAACGUAUUUUGCUCGAGUUGCUAAAUCAAAUGGACGGUUUUGAUCAAACUACAAAUGUUAAGGUUAUUAUGGCCACAAAUCGUGCAGAUACUCUAGAUCCAGCUCUACUCCGUCCCGGACGUUUGGAUAGAAAGAUUGAAUUCCCAUUGCCGGAUAGACGUCAAAAACGUUUGGUAUUCUCUACGAUCACGUCUAAGAUGAACCUCAGCGAAGAUGUAGAUCUGGAAGAAUUUGUAGCUCGACCUGAUAAAAUUUCGGGUGCUGAUAUUAAUGCCAUCUGCCAAGAAGCUGGUAUGCAUGCCGUUAGAGAAAAUCGUUAUAUCGUUUUAUCGAAAGAUUUCGAGAAGGGCUAUAAGAAUAAUAUUAAAAAGGAUGAACAAGAACACGAAUUCUACAAAUAGUUAUUUAAAU